AUGCUUCACCCACUACCCACAAAAGCAGUCUUACUCGUUAUAGAUGCCCUCCGGUUCGAUUUCAUCGCAGAACACCUGCCAGAGCCUGUCUUCCCUUUCCACCACAAUAUCCUAACUCUGCCUUGCGAAUUUACUGCCGCUCAUCCUAAUCGAUCAUUCAUACUCAACGUGUACUCAGACCCAGCGGCGACAACCCUUCAGCGACUCAAAGACCUUACUAGCCACCGGGUCUCUACCCACCUUCCUAAACGCCGUGGGCAGAAACGCAAGAUUGCUCUCGCCGGGGAUGACACAUGGCUCACAAUUUCCACAGAUGCCUUUCAGCCAAACAUGACCUUUGCCUUUGACUCCUUCAACGUCGAAGACCUUCACACCACCUUCACACCGUAGAUGAUCGAUGAGGGCGCCAUCGCCAAUCUUUUACCAUUGAUGCGACAUCAUCAAACCUCUGUCGGCCAGACCAUUCGGUCCUUGGAGAAAAACUGACACAAUACUCGCUACCAUUACGAUUCAAGGACGCCCAAAGGAACUCCAAGCGCCAUUUGUGUUCGACUUUGAGGCAGAUCAUAUUUGUUCACAUAGC